AUGAAGUGCAGAAUAUGUCGCAAAUCUGGAAAGCGAAACCCAUUCACUGACGCCGACGGUUGUAAAAACUACCGCACAUCAACUGUUGCACGACACGCCAGCAGCGCUUUACAUUUGGAAGCUGUAAAAGCUACGAUAAUGCGAGCGGACAUGGAAGCAGCCGUCUCUACCGCCCUUACCAAAAAGCAAGACGCCGUUAUCACAGCAAUGAAAACCGUGUAUUGGUUAGCGAAAGAGGCUAUUGCUACCGAUAAAUAUUCUUCAUUGUUAGAGUUAUUGCGCGAGUCUGGUUGCGAACAUGUUGGCAACUUGCAGGUUGGCGGUAAUGCUACAUAUCAGUCGUCCACGACAGCCGAAGACUUACAGCAAACAAUUAGCGACGUUAUAACAACUAAAGUCUCGAAACGUAUUCAGAGCUGUGUUAUGUUCAGCAUCCUUACAGACGAAAGCACUGAUAUAUCAGUGACUGGGAGGCUGGUUUUGUAUAUACGUAUGGUAAAUGAAGAAUUCGAUGUAGAAUCUCAUUUCCUCGGUAAUUAUCACCUCCUUGAAAAAGAUGCGGCAUCAAUUACCGACAAACUGGUCGUCGCAGUGCAGCAAAGAGAACUGGAUGCUAGAAAAAUGAUGGGCUGGGAAGUGACGGAGCAUCGGUAA